GGGCGGGACUCCGUUGCCAGGGCAACGCCGACGAAGUUCCAGGCGGGAAAUUCGGCGCUCGGGGAAGUUUUGAAGGAAGGGAGCUCAAAGUGGCAUAAAUGAUUCCCACUCCCUAUAUUUCCAGUUUUGUCAGCGUAACAAGCCUGUGAGCUCUAUUAACAAUGGACCAGAAAAUCCUGAACUUAGCGGCAGAUGAAAAAGCUGAGCAACUUCAGGCAUGCCUGCAAAGCCUGAAAGAAAAUGAGUUGAAAGGCUUAAUCACAAAGCAGGCUUUGAAGGGAAAGGAGAUUGGUGCCCUCCUGAGAGGAAUCUUCAAAGGUUCUCCUUGCUUCCAACAGACGGGUGUUGUUAGCAGGCUCAGCGUUUAUAAGCAUUGUGUCCAGCUGGUGGAGUCAGGGGAUCUGCAUGUGGAAGUUGCAUCUGAAAUUAUACGGCUGCUUAUGUUAGAGGCUCAUGAGCUGCCAGGUUCUGCUUUGGCUGACCUGGCAACUUCGUUUGUUGAAGCUAUCAAAGGUGGCAUCUUGCUCAGUGGCAGGUCUUUGGAGCUAUUCCCUACAGUUCUGACUGCACUAGCGACAGCUAAAGAGACACUGGUUUAUGGGGCAGGUGAGCUGAGUGGGGAAGAGUUUAAGAAACAGCUGAUCAAUACACUUUGUUCCAGCAGGUGGAGUCCUCAACAUGUGAUACAUCUCUCCUCCAUGUUCAGGGACAUCCCACUGAGUGCAGAAGAGCUGCAGUUUGUGGUGGAAAAGGUCUUAAGGAUGUUCUCUCAGUUGGACCUCCAAGAAAUCCCUCCUUUAGUUUAUCAGCUUCUGUUGCUUUCUGCAAAGGGCAGCAAGAAAAACAUUUUGGAAGGGAUAAUCAACUUUUUCAAUCAGAUGGAUAAAAAGCAAAAAGAAGAGCAGGGAAAUUCAGAAUCAAUGGACCUUGAAGAAGCCACAGUGCCCCUGGACCAACUUCGCCAUGUGGAAGGCACCGUCAUUCUGCAUAUCGUGCUGGCUAUUACUCUGGACCAGGAUUUGGGAAAAGAGCUAAUAAAAUACUUAAAGACUGAGCAACAAGGGGAUCUUAGCAAGGUCUUGUGUCCCUUCAGCAUAACCAUUCUGCUCUCAGUGACCAGAAUACACCGAUUUGAAGACCAGGUCUUUGACUUUUUGAAAUCUUCAGUUAUGAGGAGCUUCAAGGACAAGCAGUUUCUUCAGGGUUCCAAGUUCCUGCAGGAAUUGUCUCCUCAAAACUAUGACAUAUCUGCUGUGGUUUUGGAAGUUGUAGCAAACAGUGUGUUUGGUUGGGAUCAUGUGACUCGGGGCCUGGUGGAUCUUGGAUUCAUCCUGAUGGACUCCUAUGGGCCAAAAAGAACUUUGGGAGGCAAAGUUGUGGAAACGAACCACGGCCUUUCUAAAACUCCAGCCCAGCAAGCUUGUAAGUUGGGAACUGAUCUCCUAUUGGAAGCCUUUAAGGUCCAUGAACCGAUCAGAAGUGAAAUACUGGAGCAGGUCCUGAACAGAGUCAUCACAAAUGCAGGCUCCCCUAUCAGCCACUUCUUAGAUCUGUUGUCCGGUAUUAUCCUGUCUGCCCCGCUCAUCCUUCAGCAGUCUUCUUCAAAAGUCGCAGAGGCCUUUGAUCAUUUGUCAUUCCUGCCUCUUGACACAGUACAAGGGUUGCUUAAGGCCGUGCAGCCGCUGCUGAAAAUUAGCAUGUCCAUGAGGGACUCCCUGAUCCUUGUUCUUCGCAAAUCAAUGUUUUCUGGGCAGCUGGAGGCCCGUAAGUCAGCAGUUGCUGGGUUUCUGCUCCUCUUAAAGAAUUUUAAGGUUCUGGGUAGCUUGACCUCCUCCCAGUGCAGCCAGGCAAUUGGUGCGAGUCAGGUCCAGGUGGAUGUUCAUACCCGCUAUAAUGCAGCAGCCAAUGAGGCCUUCUGCCUAGAAAUCCUGGGCAGCUUGAGGCGAUGCUUAAGUCAGCAGGCUGAUGUCAGAUUCAUGCUCUAUGAGGGUUUUUAUGAUGUCCUGCGGAGAAACUCCCAACUGAGUAAUUCCAUUCUGGAGAUGCUGCUGUCUCAGAUAAAGCGGUAUUAUGAACCAGAACCUGACCUGCUGCCCCCGUUAAAACUAGAGGGAUGCAUCCUGGCUCAGAGGGACCAAAUCUUCCUGCAAGAACCUUUGGCUCACUUACUCUGCUGUAUUCAGCAUUGUCUGACCUGGUAUAAGAGCACCUUAAGCCUGCGCCGACAGGCUGAGGAAGAAGAAGAACAAGAAGAAGAAGAAGAUGAUGAUGAUGAUAAGGGUCUCCAGCAAGACUUGGAGGAGAUGCUGGAGUCGAUCACACGGCGAAUGAUCAAGAGUGAAUUAGAAGAUUUUGAACUGGAUAAGUCGGCAGACUUCUCUCAGUCUACAGGAGUGGGCUUGAAGAACAAUAUCUACGCUAUUUUAGUGAUGGGCGUCUGUGAGGUCCUGAUUGAGUACAACUUUAGCAUAGGGAAUUUCAGCAAGAACAAGUUUGAAGAUGUUCUGGGCCUGUUCAAGUGCUAUACCAAACUUUGCGAAAUCCUGAAAGAGAAAGCUGGGAAGAACAAACCCACUUCGGCAAAUAAAAUUGCCAGAAGCUUCCUUUCCAUGGGCUUUGUGUGCACAUUACUUACAAGUCUCUUCAGGGACUGUUCCCAGAACCACGAGGAGAGCUUGGCCGUUCUGCGCUCCAGCAGUGAGUUCAUGCGCUAUGCUGUCAGUGUGGCCUUGCAGAAAGUACAGCAGUUGGAGGAGACAGGACAAACAGAUGGGCCUGAUGGGCAGAACAGAGAUAAGAUGUUCCAGAACCUCUGUAGAAUCACUCGAGUCCUGCUGUGGAGAUACACCUCAAUCCCAACCGCAGCUGAAGAAUCGGGCAAGAAGGAGAAGGGCAAGAGCAUCUCACUGUUGUGCUUGGAGGGUUUGCUGCGGAUCUUUAAUACCGUGCAACAGCUGUAUCCAGCAGAGAUCCCACAGUUUCUGCAGGCACUGGAUAUUGCAAACGAAGAUGUGGAAGAAAAUGGGAACAUAAACGUCACUGAGAAAGCGGCCUUUCAGAUUCGACAGUUUCAGAGGUCAUUAGUGAACCAGCUCAGCAACGCUGAUGAUGACUUCAGCAGCAAGGAAGCACUUCUGUUAAUCAACAUCCUUGCAACUCUUUCCAAACUGUUGGAGCCCUCCUCCCUCCAGUUCAUGCAGCUGUUAUCCUGGACAGCCAAGAUUUGCAAGGAAACUAGCCUAGAUGACGCCCCUUGCUGCAAGGGUUUGUUAGCCCUGCUCUUCAGUCUGCAUGUUCUCAUCAAGAGCCCAGGCAGUGUAUUGCGUGAGCUUGCCCAGGAUAUCCAUGCUCAGCUUGGGGACAUAGACCAGGAUAUUGAAAUGGAGCACCAGCCCCACUUUGCUAUUGUGAACGCCAAGACAGCAGCUCCUACAGCUUGUUUACUGAUUUUGAGUCGAGCAGAGAAGGUCCUCGAAGAGGUGGACUGGCUGAUCAAUAAGAUGAAGAGUCAUUUGGGACUGGAGGCAGCAGAAGAUGCCUCUCAAGCAACAAACCCAACCCAGCCUCUGGAAAAGGCAAUCAUUCUUCAGCUUGGGACUUUGUUGACUGCAUAUCAUGAGCUGGUACAAACAGCCUUGCCUCCGGGAAGCUGUGUGGACACACUGCUCAGGAGUGUCAGCAAGAUGUACACCACUCUUACAAGCCUUGUAAAAUAUUAUCUCCAAGUGUGCCGAACCACAACAUGGGCGAUUCCAGGACGGCUAGAAAAGCUGGUUAGACUCUCUGGCUCCCACUUGACCCCCCAGUGUUAUGCCUUCAUCACAUAUGUGCAGAAUAUCCAGAGUGAAACCUUGAGCAUGGCAGGAGAAAAGAAAAAGAAGAAAAAGGAGAAGACAACAGCUGAGGUGUCCACUGUCAUGGCCAAAGUGUUGCGGGAAUCUAAGCCAAUUCCUAACUUGAUUUUUGCCAUAGAACAAUAUGAGAAUUUUCUGAUCCAUCUCUCAAAAAAGUCAAAGGUCAACCUGAUGCAAUAUAUGAAACUGAGCACCUCCCGGGACUUCCGUAUCAAUGUGUCUACUUUGGAGAAUGCUCUACAGGAACAAAAUGCUGAAGAUAGGGAGAAUGAGCCAGCCAACGACCAGGUCAGUAGUAGACAUUCUAAAAAGAUGCAAUCUAUUUUCUGCCAAUAUAAAUGUAAAUCUGUACUUCCAAAGCGCCUUCUAUGAAAUUCAUAUGAAGCUUAGUCAGUUGUAUGCUAAUGGUAAAUACCCAUUUCUGUACAAUGGCAACUUGUUUUGAAGUGUGGGGAAUAUCCCUUUGCAUCAUCCUGACUACUCAAUUUCACCACCGAGUCUCAGCAGCCUCUGUGGGGGUGAGGAAGAUACAUGAAUGCUAAUGAGAUGACAAAAAUGAAGAACAUGACACUUUUCUAGUGGAAGUUAAUUUUCAGAGGUGUUUUUCAGAGUAAAAAUUGCUUUAAACAGCAGGUUUUAAAAUUGUGUUUCAGUAACUCAGGACUCCUCUGGCGCAUUUACUAAUAGCCUGUUUUCAUCUCUUUUAGAGCACUGCAUCUACCCAAUCCAACACCAGCCAGGAACCCAAAACUAAGAGGCGACGUAAAAAAUAAGAGCUGCCUUGGUCAUUCCCAAGUGACUACUGUAGCUUGGUUCUGCUUGCCCUGUGAAGCAUUAAUGGAGAAAGAUGAAUGUCUUAUUUUUAAGAUGGGCUUUAAUUAGGUUUCUGCUUGCCAUACGAAUGACAUGCAAUUCUCUGAAUGCUUGUACCACAACAGGCUACUGAUAACCAUCCUGGCACAGCCCAGUUAAAGUGAAAUCUGUCCUUCUGGAAGUUCUGUCAGUGAUUCACCUUUGCAGCUGUAGCCUGUUUUAAUGAUAGCCCCGAAGUCUUCUCCCUCUUCUCAGUGAAAAAAGCGCAAAUCACAGGGAGUGGGCAGGUCUCCUUGCUUAAACUGCUUCUGGGAGGAUUCACUGAGCUGGUAGGUUUCCCGUCAGUUGAAGUCUUGCAUCCUAUUUUUGUUUCUGCAAUGACCCUUUGGUUAUUUUGAGAAGUUGAUAUAUAUCAAGAGCAUCACCUGAAAGAAAUUAAAUAAGUCAUGUUUACACCCCCCAGCCACACAACAGAUACUGAAAACCACUUUGAGAUCUACUUGUUGAUCUUCAAAUAGCUAGCAAGCUGGGAAGGGAAUAGAACAAGUAAUCAACACCAUUGUUUAUUCCAAAACUACUGAUAUUACAAGAGAAUGGUGGAGAAUAUUCCCAAAUCUAGGACUGACUGCCAUUUUUCUAAAAUCCAUUUUCCCUAAAAGAUUUGCUUUAAAGCAUUCCUGCCAGAGCUUAAUUUAAUAAAAUACAUGAACCCUU